CAGCGUGAUCGCAGUCUGAUCCCGCAGCAAUCAGUGCAGCUUGCUCUGGGCUCUGUGCCGGAUCCUCCGUUGCUCUCGCUAUGAGUUGCGGCAUCAGGCAGGUCAUUGCUACCUGCUCCCAGGGCAGAAGCAGCGCUGGCAGCUCUGCUGCUGGUAACGGAAGAAGGGUUUCCUCUGCCUCCUCUGCCACACAGACUGCCCAUGACUUGGGUGGUGCAGCUGGCAAUUUUUCUGGUGGCAGUUUAAGCGAGGCUUUAAUGGGAAAGCAACCGAAUGCUGGCAGCAGCACGGGUGGCAGCUCUGGAGCGACCCAGCAGGCUUGUUCGACCACGGGAUUCAGCGGUGGAAGCAUCUGCACUCGAGGCCUCGGUGGUGGAUUCACCAGAGCUAACGCUGGUUGCGGUGAGGGGAUCUUAGUCGCUAGCAAUAAGAAGGCGACGAUGCAGAACCUCAACGACCGCCUGGCCUCCUACCUGGACAAGGUGCGGCUCCUGGAGGGAGAAAACGCCGAUCUCGAGUGCAAGAUCAGGGAGUGGUACGCUAAAGUGGGCCCCAGCUGCGAACCACGGGACUACAGCUGUUUCCAUAAAGAAAUUGAUGAUCUUCAAAACCAGAUCCUGUGUGCAGCUAUGGAAGCUAACAAAAUUAUUCUGAAUAUUGGUAACAACAGGAUGACUGUGGAUGACUUCAGAGUGAAGUACGAGACUGAAUGUGGCCUCCGGCAAACCGUGGAUGCGGAUAUCUGUCACCUGCGCCCCGUCGCGGAUCAGCUGGCCAGCUGCAAGACUGAUCUGCAGCUACAGUUUGAGGCCUUGACCGAAGAGGUGUGUUGUCUCAAGAAAAACCACGAGGAGGAAAUGAGCUGUCUGAGGAAACAAGCCACUGGCAACGUGAGCGUGGAGGUCAACGCCUGUCCCGGCCCAGAUCUCAGGAAGGUCCUGGAGGACUUGAGGUGCCAGUAUGAAGCCCUGAUGGAGCGCAACCGCAAAGAGACUGAGCAGUGGUACGCCUGCAAGGUAGAGGAGGUGAAAGCGGAGGUCAUCACGAGCAGCCAGGAGAUAGAGUCAAGCAACAAAAAGGUCACGGAACUGAGACGUCAGCUGCAGGCCUUGGAAAUCAAUGUACAAGCCCAGCUCCACCUGAAAGAAAACCUGGAGUCCUCUUUGGCAGAAACUGAAUGUCACUACAACAAACACCUUGCUGAGCUGCAGAGCCAGGUCUCCUGCGUGGAGCAGCGGCUGGCUGAAAUACGAGCAGAAAUGGAGUGCCAGAACCAGGAGUACAAGGCCCUACUGGACGUCAAGUGCCAUUUGGAGCAGGAGAUUCAGACCUACCACUGCCUGCUGGAGGGGGGACAGCAGGACACCGUAGGACCAGCGGGAAGAGGAGCCCCUGCAACGUCAGCUGGGAGAAGCGGUGGGCUUAAAGCCAGCCUGUGUCAGCCAAGCCUGCCCUAAGCCUGUUCGCUCUGGUGAGGACGUGCAAGGUCACUGCAGACAAGAGCUCCCUGCCAAUCCCACUGCAACUCCUCUAAGAUGACCUGAAGAACAAACCCUUUGGAAAAAGCAAGGCAAAAAUAACCUGAGAGUCCUCAGUUCUGCUUAUGGCACCGGCUGGAAGGGACUUCUGCAGAAGGGCUGCCGCUGCCUUCCUGCCUGCUGCCUUCGUCCUGCCACGCUGCUUUGAUCCAGCCACUGAUCUUGCUUGGGCGAACCUGCACAGCAGUUGGUCGUCUACUAACUACCAAAGCUUGUCUCUAAUAAAUCUUGUGACUGAGAAACCAU